CGCUUCCGGCAAGAAAGUAGAAGAACCAAGCAGCAACGCGCCGAGCAGUCGGUUGUGUUCGUGUUAUUUUGGAACAGUCUGCUGUGGGAGGAGUAUGUGGACUUGGUCUAUGUGAGUGUAACAGUGAAGACUGGAGAGUCUCUGGUUCCGAUGAUGGCUGAUGAAGCAAAUGAUGAUGAUGUCAUUCAUUUGGCCAGCUUCCGCAGACACCGGGGACAAGAUGGUGAAAUUAGAAACGAUCUCUUUAUUACUAUAUCUGACGACUCCGAUGAGGAAGUCCUUGCAUGUGUACCAAACCAUUCUGUCCAGUUGAAGUCUGAAGCAGAGGAUGAAAUUGAGGAGGAGGAAGAUGAGCAUGUGAUUUCCCUGCCUCAGCUGCCACUUCGCCCCAGUGUUAUCCGACCUGCAGCUCCCUGGGGUGGGGGCUUUUCUCUGGGGCCAGCAAACAGGAAUGAUGGGGUAUCUGCUGAGCCUCAACCGGACACACUUCCUGUAUUGGAAAGCGUAGCCUCAAUGGCCGAGAACCAGAGUGGAGCACCAUCCACAUCAAAGGCUGACACUGUGCCCAGGCCUCCAAGCAACAGGCCUGACCUGGAGGGAGCGGUUUUGAAUACUGAGGUGCCUCAACUCUUGGGUACUGUGGAGGUUGUUCAUGAAAUCCUAGAUGACAGCCUGCAAAGGGACAACAGGGGUUUGGAGGAGGGCCCCUUAAACUCUGUUGAGAAACAGCCUGUGGAGCAGCUGCAGGAGCAGCAGCAGCAGCAGCAGCAGCCUGAUGGUGAGGUUGUGUUCUUUGUGGACCAGAGACCCUUGAGAGCAGGACAGCCUGUGGCCCGAGAGGUGGUUGAUGAUGAGAGGCCUGGGCCCUCUAAUGCUGGAGGCUGUGGCCCUGGGCAGGUGCAGACGUUGGUGAAUGGAGUGAUGGACCUCUUUCCGGAUGUCGAGGAAGACUUUCUAACAAAUUGGAUAAGGAAGCAUAAUGCAAAAGAUUUAAAUUUAAUUUGCAACUUUUUAUUGGAGAACCCUGAAUACCCAAAGAACGCUACAAUCCCUGUCUUGAAUCAACAAACCAGUAUUCUUCUGGAAACAACUAGUACUGAAAUACAGAAAAAGGAAGAUUAUUUUGACUUCUCUCUGCUGGGAAUGGCUGAUGCUCGCACCUUCAUUCAAGCCGCAGACCUGUUGAUGGGGGAUUUCAAAAUGUUAAGCAGCCUGGACAUCAAAUGGGCUCUGAGAUCUCUCAAGGGACACUAUGCAAUCACUCGCAAGGCCUUGUCUGAUUCCCUUAAGAAAUGGGGAGAGCAUUCUACAGAAUCGAGAGGGAAGAAGCGAAAGGCAAUGAACCAGUUCUCCUACAUGGAUUUCAAGUUUGAGCAAGGUUCAACAAAGCUUGAGAAACGCAUGUUUUUCUUGGAAAACAAGAGGAGGUACUGGAGAUCUUAUUCCUGGAAGUCACUUCCACCUGCACUGCAGAGAGAAGUGAGAUUCUAUGAACGGAAGGUGAAGGAGAUGACUGAGCACGAAGAUUUCCUGUUGGCGCUUCAAAUGAACGAGGAACAGUAUCAAAAGGACGGUCAGCUCAUCGAGUGCAGCUGCUGCUACGGCGAGUUCGCCUUCGAGGAGAUGACGCAGUGCACCGACGGCCAUCUCUUCUGCAAGGAGUGCCUGAUGAAGUACGCCCAGGAGGCCGUGUUCGGCGCCGGAAGGUCAGAACUGAGCUGCAUGGAUGGGAACUGCACGUGCACGUUCCCCAACAGCGAGCUGGAGAAGGUGCUUCCAGAGAACAUUCUGCGCAAGUAUUACGAGCGGCAGGCCGAGGAGGCCGUGGCGGCCACCUGCGCCGACGAGCUCGUCAGGUGUCCCUCCUGUAACUUCCCGGCCCUGCUGGAUAAAGAGAUCUCUCUGUUCAGCUGCCCCAACCCCCGCUGCAGAAAGGAGACCUGUCGGAAGUGCCACUUCCUGUGGAAGGAACAUGCGGGCAAGACGUGUGAGCAGGUGAUGGAGCAGGACGAGGUCCGCAUCAGGGUUGCGUUCGAGGAGAAGAUGACGGCAGCCCGGGUGAGGAAGUGUCACAGCUGCGGGAUGGGCCUGGUCAAGUCGGAGGGCUGCAACCGGAUGUCCUGUCGCUGCGGGGCCUUCAUGUGCUACCUGUGCCGGCAGCCCAUCAGCGGCUACGACCACUUCUGCCAGCACGCCCGCACCCCCGGUGCGGACUGCCGACACUGCAAGAAGUGCUCCCUGUGGUCGGACCCCACGCAAGAUGAUGAACGGCUCAUUGGGGAACUCCAGAAGGAGGCUGAAGAAGAACUGCUAAAGAAGAACUCAGGGAAAAAGAGAAAGCAGGUGGGCCCUCCUCCGGAGCCCACCCAGCCGAAGGUGCCCUGUCUGGCCGCUCCAGGAGACCGGGGCCAGGCAGACCAGGCCGCUCCCCCCCACGGCCUACACCCGCUCCUGCUGGUGCCCCCACAGAUGAUGCUGCCCCACCUCCACCACCAGCCCCUCCACGUUCGGCCCAUUCCCGCCCCCUACGUCCCCCCGCCACGGGACCCCGCCAUGAACCUAAAUGCCGCCAUGAACCUAAACCCCCUCAUUAACUUGAACCCGCCCAUGAACGAUGACUUCAAUAUACCCAUGCAUUUUGGACCAGCGCUCAACUUCUACAGACCUCGUUGAUGUCCUCCGCCUGAAUUCCAUGGAAUUCUUCUAUAUCACACUUUUUUAAAGAAAAAAAAAAAGAGAAAAUAUUAAAAAAUCAGCUUUUUAAAUUGGGUACAGUCAUGUGUAUGGAUAUCCACCCUUUGCUUUCACAGUUGGGAGCUCUUCGCGGGAUAAUUUUCUUGGUUUUACAGGUUGCUCUCAUCGUGUCACUGCAAUUCCAUCAGGCGUUCACUUGCCAAAACUGUAUUUUACUUAACACGGUCUUGCGGCCCGCUUAGAGAGUUUCUACUAGUUUUGUCACUCGAGAGAGAAUGGUUGGUUUCCCUGUCACAGUCCUGAGAAUUGGUUUAAUGUUUUUACGUUGAUUUUUUUUCCCUACCAUCAUUCAUCUCCUUUGCCAAGUGUAGUGACCAUUUACUGUCUUGCAUUGCUCACUUUUCAGGCUGCGAGCAAUGCCAAAAACUGGUACAAACUAUUCAAGUUGGGCACUUAUCUACCCAGGUUCAGUCUUGUCUCUGUAAAAUAUGUUUGGCUUCUGUCCCCUGUUCUGAGUGUAUGGGCAGUUUAUAUGGGUCUUAAGACUGCUGGAUCAUGGCUGUCCAGAAACCAGGUUGAGUAGCUCUGCAGUAGUUACCCCAGUAACUGCAGUCCAAACCACUGUGUUACAGAAUGCCUGACCUGUGCGUGUGCGUUUGUGUGGGCGCUUGCGUGUGCCAACGUCUGACCAGGCGUGUGCGGUGCUGAGCGAGCUCUGUUGUGGUAUAGUGCCAUGCGAGUUGAUUGGAGAGGAAGAGGAAAGUAUAGCUGAGCUGUACGCCUCAGUCUUCCUAUGUGUGGAGAAGCCCCAUCGAGCCCUGUAGUGUGCGUGACAGGGAGAUAAAACAGCGACUGGUCCAAUCCAGCGGACCAUUCCAUUCAUUUUAAGCACCUUAGGAGUUCAGGGGUUUUUUCCAUUUUGUUUAAUCCUGUGUAGAGUUGUAAGUGCUUGUGAGUACAGGGGAAGUUUUGCGAAACUGGAAAAUGUAUGUGCGUUUAAGAGUCCAUUGCGUUUUAUUUGUAUUUGGUGCCCCUGCUGUUUUAACUCCUUUCCCUCCAGGUCUUGAACAGAAAAGAAGAGGCUUGCCCUUGAGAACCUAAAUACAAAUCGAGUGCCUGCAGUCUCUUUGCCAGUCUUUGCUGUCAGGUGAAAAGCACAAUUCAUUUAAGUGUGUAUUUGGUAGGGGGACAGACCGUAUUGGAGGAGAAAGAUCCUGUUAUUAAAAAUGAGUGAAUGAUUGUUUAAUAGUUGUUCAAUAAAAAAUAAAAAAUAUAUAUGGAUGAAA